AUGUCGGGCGGGGUGGGACAAGACCAGGACCUCGAUCCGCUCUCCGUCUUGUUCGAGGAGAGCACCCGAUCAUCAGGACAGGCGCACCGCCGAAGCACAAGCGGUGGCGGAACUCUCGGCUCUUUUGGCAGACAGAACAGUCUGGGCACAUCCGACACCAAUAGUCCGGGUCAGCGAGGUACCGACCAAAAUCAGGCAGAUCAGGCAGGUGGAGAAGAGGGACAAGAUGGUUUCGCCCCGGCUUGGAGCGAACUCAAGACCAAAGCGGGCAAAGAGAGGAAGAGGCUGCCACUGGCAUGUAUCGCCUGCAGACGUAAGAAGAUUCGAUGCUCAGGCGAGAAGCCGGCAUGCAAGCACUGCCUUCGAUCGCGGAUACCGUGCGUGUACAAGGUUACCACGCGCAAAGCGGCACCUAGGACGGAUUACAUGGCAAUGUUGGAUAAAAGGUUGAAGCGGAUGGAGGACCGCGUGAUCAAAGUUCUGCCAAAAGAAGAUCUGGGGUUGGUGAACAACACGGGAAGAGCGGUGGUGAAACCUGCUCUGCCACCACCUCCGCCAAAAUCAGCCGGACCGUCGAAGAAGAGAGCUGCUGAGCAAGCUUUUGGAGACGAGCUAAACGAGUGGGCGGCCGGUCAGCCAUCUAGCAACACCACGAAGACAGCAGCAGCGCCUGCCGCAGGUUCAACGACCAAAACGAGAGAUGAAGAGCACAACCUCCUCCUCGAGGGCGCCGACAAGUUACCUUCCAAGGAGAUCCAGGAACACUUGGCGGAAGUCUUCUUCGACUAUGUCUAUGGUCAAAGCUACCACCUCCUACAUAAGCCUAGUUUCAUGCGGAAACUCGCUCAAGGCUCUGUUCCGCCUGUACUGGCAUUGGCGGUAUGCGCCAUAUCUGCCCGCUUUUCAAAUCAUCCCGCCGUCCGCACCGAGCCCGCAUUCUUACGUGGUGAGAGCUGGGCGAGUGCUGCACGGGACAUUGCCUUACGACGAUACGACACCCCCAAUAUUACGAUCCUCAUAGUGUAUCUCAUUCUUGGUCUGCAUGAGUUCGGAACAUGUCAAGGUGGUCGGAGUUGGAUGUUCGGAGGCAUGGCACAGCGUAUGGCAUACGCACUGCAAUUACAUAUGGAUCUGGACCACGAUCCGAAGAACCGGGCGCAGAGUGGAAGCAACGCUCUGACCUUUACAGAUCGCGAGAUUCGUCGUCGAACGAUGUGGUCUUGCUUCUUGAUGGACCGCUUCAAUUCGAGUGGCACCGAUCGUCCGAUUUUCGUGGGAGAACAGUACAUCCGAGCGCAACUGCCCGUCAAGGAGAGUUAUUACCAGAUGGAUAUCACAGGUCCGACGGAAGACCUGGAAGGGAAUGUGCCGAAUCCAGUCGAGCCUGGGACAGGACAGACUGCCGAUGCGAAAGAGAACAUGGGAGUGGCAGCGUACUUGAUCCGACUCGUCUCCAUCUGGGGCAAGCUGAUCAACUACCUCAACCUCGGCGGCAAAGAACGCGAUCAGCAUCCGAUGUGGUCGGCCGAGUCGCAGUUCUCCGCCAUCAAACGCGCCGUCGAAACCUGGAAAGAUUCGCUCCCGCCUUCCCUUCUGAACACUCCCGCGAACCUUCAGAAUCACGCCUCCGAGAAGAUUGCCAACCAAUAUCUCUUCCUCCACAUCGUUUACAACCAAAUCCUUCUCUUCAUGAACCGCUUCGCCCUCCCGAUUCCCGGAGCACGGCAACCUCUGCCCAAAGACAUACCUGAUGCAUUCGUCGCUGAGGCUUCGCGCACCGCCUUCGAUGCGGCCAACCAGAUCUCUGCUCUAAUCCGCGACGCCACCGAUCACCUAGUCGUGGCGCCCUUUGCGGGCUAUUGCGCAUUCUUCAGCAGCACCGUACACAUUCAUGGCGCCUUCUCGAAGAAUGCCGCACUGGAAGCCUCGAGUAAACAGAACCUCGCGCACAAUGUCAAGUACCUCACCAAAAUGAAGAAGUACUGGGGCAUGUUCCACUUCGUCACGGAGAAUCUGCGCGAUCUCUAUCGACGUCAUGCGGACUCUGCAAGAUCGGGAGGCACGAAGACUGGGAGAGACGGUGGCGGCGAACAUGCCAUUUUCCAAUAUGGCGACUGGUUCGAUCGAUAUCCACACGGCGUCAGUGGCACAGACUAUGAAGAACCUGCGACCGCGGAUGUCAAAAAGGAGUCCGGCUCGGACGCGGUGCUGGGCCAGAAGAGUAAUCUGCAGACGGUGGAGGAAUUCUUUUCCAAACUCAGUCCA